GCUGCCAGCCAGAGAGCGCGUGAACAGCAGCUCACGAGUGCGCCUUCAUUCACUCUAGUGCUGAGCGGAGAGCAGCAGUCAUGGCAACUACAACAGCAGAAGCAGAGACUCGCCAGAGGCUACUGCGAAACGUCAAGAAGGAGGUUAAGCAGAUCAUGGAGGAAGCAGUCACAAGGAAGUUUGUGCAUGAAGACAGCAGCCAUAUUGUAUCAUUUUGUGCUGCUGUUGAAGCGUGCGUGCUUCACGGUUUGAAGAGGAGGGCCGCUGGGUUCCUGCGAAGCAACAAGAUAGCAGCGCUCUUCACUAAAGUGGCCAAGAGUUUCCCUCCAGCUGAGGAGCUUUGCAGGAAAGCCCAAGAGCUGGAGUUGAUGUUUGAAAACAGGCGAAGCCAGUCCCUGUCAUACAGUGAGAGUACCCGUAAGAUGUCCAAGUCCCCAAACCUUACUCCUCAGUCUAUCAGACAUGUGUGGAUUCACACUGCACUCAUCUUGAAGGUGCUUGACAAGAUUGUGCUCUACUUGGUGGAAAACAGCAGUAAGUUUUAUGAGAAGGAAGCUAUCCUAAUGGACCCUGUGGAUGGACCUAUCCUCGCCUCUUUGUUAGUGGGUCCUUGUGCAUUGGAGUAUACUAAAAUGAAGACGGCUGAUCAUUUCUGGACAGACCCUUCAGCUGAUGAGUUGGUUCAAAGGCAUCGUAUUCACAGCGGCCACUGCAGACAAGACUCUCCUAUUAAAAGACCUGCCCUCUGUAUUCAGAAGAGACACUCCAGUAGUAGUAUGGAUGAAAGACCCUCUCCGUCCCCAUCUGCUCGGGAUUAUGUGGAAUCUCUUCAUCAGAAUUCCAGAGCGACCCUCCUGUUUGGGAAAAACAAUGUGCUGGUGCAGCCGAGGGACGAUAUGAAGGCAAUCCCAGGAUACCUUUCUCUACACCAGACGGCUGACAGCAUGACUUUGAAAUGGACGCCAAAUCAGCUAAUGAACGGCUCCGUGGGAGAUCUCGACUAUGAGAGAAGUGUGUUCUGGGACUAUGCCAUGACUAUUCAUUUGGAGGAAAUUGUGUACCUGCACUGUCACCAGCAGGUGGACUGUGGUGGGACAGCGGUUCUGGUUAGUCAAGAUGGGAUCCAGAGACCUCCAUUUCGUUUUCCUCGUGGUGGCCACCUCCUUCAGUUCCUCUCCUGUCUGGAAAAUGGUCUGCUUCCUCAUGGCCAGUUGGACCCUCCACUUUGGUCCCAAAGAGGAAAGGGCAAAGUAUUUCCUAAACUAAAGAAGAGAUGUACACAGGGAUCUCCAGAUUCUGCAUCAGACAAAGAAGAGGAAGAGGCAACGGAUUAUGUCUUCCGCAUUGUGUUCCCAAACAGCCAAUCAGAAUUUGUGGCACCGGAAUUGAUAGAUCAGGGAGCAAACAUGUGGCAUCCCACACCAAGGAAAUCAUCGUGUUCUUCCUGCUCGCAAAGUAGUUUUUCUGAUGGAGGACCACCCAAUGGCUGCAACCAUGAAAGAGCCCCUCUGAAGUUGCUAUGCGACAACAUGAAGUCCCAAAUCAUCUCCCGGGCUUUCUAUGGAUGGCUGGCGUACUGUCGUCACCUGUCCACGGUACGCACUCACCUGUCUGGCCUUGUCAAUCACACGAUUGUGGAGCCAAAUGUACCCAAUGAUGCUUACGAAGGGCUUACGACUGAAGUUUGGCUGAAGUUCCUGCAAGACUGCAGGACCUGUGAGGAGACGGAGAUUCUACGCCUUGUUUAUUUCGGUGGAGUUGAACCCUCUUUACGCAAGGAGGUCUGGCCCUUCCUGCUGGGUCAUUACCAAUUUGGGAUGUCUGAGGCAGAGAGGAAAGAGGUGGAUGAGCAGAUGCGAGCGUGCUACGAGCAGACCAUGAGCGAGUGGCUGGGGUGUGAGGCCAUUGUUAGGCAAAGAGAGAAAGAACAGCACGCCGUGGCUUUAGCCAAGUGUUCCUCUGGUGCAAGUAUGGACAGCACCACACACAGAAUAAUGCACAGAGACUCCACUAUCAGUAAUGAGUCCUCACAGAGCUGCAGUUCAGGCAGACAAAGAGACUCCAGGUUGCAGAGUGACUCCAGCAGCAGCACUCAGUUCUUCACUUCCCAAAACCCCUUUCCCUGGAGUAGUCUGCUUCCCUUUGGCUUGAUCUUUCAGGUCUUUGAGUCUGUCGAAGAGGUCGACCAGAUCGAAACGGAGCCCAAGAGCGAUAGCGUCAAACAAGUACCGAAAUUCUCAAAUGAAUUCCAGAAUAUCACCAGUUCUCCAGACUCUGGUCACCCCUCUUCCAGAAACUUCUCAGUUACGUCUGGUCAGUCAGACUCCUUGAGCACAGAGGACAGUGGGAUACACGAUCCAAACCUCAAAGCCUUCCGGCCGCCACUUCAGAGCCCAACCAUCCCCAGUCAGGCUGAAGAUCAAAAUAACGUGACCAAAAUGGAAGUAGGUGGCUCCCUUGAGAGAACUUUGACAACAGAAAAUGAAACACAGCAAGCAACAGAGCCAAAGAUAGAUGAGAAUCAGGUAGGAGUUGAAAGCCAGACAAUACAGAAGACUGUGAAAACCAAGGAAGCCUCAGGUAGUAUAAAAGCUGAUUUAUUAAAGAAAUCAGAAUGUCCAAAAAGCUUUACUGCAGAACAGACAAAUGAGAAGGUUGUGAAAAAUAUGACCAGAAACAAAGACAUGCAGAGAAAUGCCCCAAGGGUGGAAGAGACCAUCGUCCCACUGGUACAUGAAGCUUUCAGCACGAGCGAGAUGAGCGAUGCUCAAGCCGCAGCCGAGUCGGAUGAAUCUCCCACUGCCAUCGAAAUGGAGGAUAUUCCUCAAGCCAAGGUUUGCAUGGUCUGGGACAGGAAGAGCAAGACCAAUGAGCAGACUGCGGUGCCAUUACUGGAGCUUAGGCUGGAGGAAGUUCAUGGUAAGGUUGGCCCUGAAGAUCCAGACUCUAUCCUGUCUGAAGAACCAGUGAUGGAGAAUCUCUGUCCACAGUUUGAUUCGCUCGCAGUGAACGCAGAAAAGAUGGAAGUUACAUCUCCGGUUUCCUCAGUAGGGACCACAUAUUCUCAAGAGCUUUUGGACAUGUACACUCUAAACCUGCAUCGAAUAGAUAAAGAUGUUCAGCGCUGUGACCGAAAUUACUGCUACUUCACACCUGCUAACUUGGAGAAACUGCGCAACAUCAUGUGCAGUUAUAUAUGGCAGCACCUUGAAAUUGGAUACGUCCAGGGCAUGUGUGACCUUCUAGCUCCCUUGCUUGUUAUUCUAGAUGAUGAGGCAAUGGCCUUUAGUUGUUUCACUGAACUCAUGAAAAGGAUGAAUCAAAACUUUCCCCAUGGAGGUGCCAUGGACACCCACUUUGCCAACAUGAGAUCCCUCAUCCAGAUUUUAGAUGCAGAGAUGUUUGAGUUAAUGCAUCAGAAUGGAGACUACACACACUUCUACUUCUGCUAUCGCUGGUUCCUCCUCGAUUUUAAAAGAGAGUUGGUGUAUGAUGAUGUGUUUGCGGUUUGGGAAGUCAUCUGGGCUGCUAAAUGUGUCUCUUCCGACCAUUUUGUGCUCUUCAUCGCGCUUGCAUUGGUGGAGAUAUACAGAGACAUCAUUCUAGAAAACAACAUGGACUUCACAGACAUAAUAAAGUUUUUCAAUGAAAUGGCAGAGCAUCACAACAUCAAACAGAUUCUGACGUUAGCACGAGACCUGGUGUGCAAAGUACAGACACUUAUAGAAAACAAGUAAUUACAAAAAACUCUCACCUCUACUCUCACUAAUAUCCCAUCAGCCCAUGCAAAAAAAAAACAA